UAGGGCAAGAACACAGUUACCCAAACGCCUUAGACCCACAAAGAAGGUUUUGCACAUGUACAGGACUUGGAACCAGGCAUUCACAGUGUACUGUACAGUUCAAUAUGAGAAGGAAACUAUUAAUGUUAUUUAAGACAAUAUACCCAUUUAUGUGGGCUUGUGGAUAUGUGAGACGUGGACAUGAGGGCAAUGGAAGAGGUAGGAAGGAAGAAGAUGGUGAUCCAAGAAUGUUUGGUUCAGAUGAGGACAAGGUCCCAACCCAGAUCGAAUCAGUGGUUGAAGGUCCCGGUACCUUGCUGGUCACAGAAUAUAAACCAAUCCCCGACAUCGAUUACUUGCAGGAACUGUUGGCCAUUCAGCAGGAAGGUCCAAGGGCAAUUGGUUUUUUUGGGACACGGAAUAUGGGUUUCAUGCAUCAGCAGCUUAUUGAAAUUCUGAGCUAUGCCAUGGUCAUAACUAAAAAUCACAUUUUCACUUCAGGAGCUUCAGGGACUAAUGCGGCUGUUAUCAGAGGUGCAUUAAGAGCAGAGAAACCCGAGCUUCUAACUGUAAUCUUACCUCAAAGCCUCAAGAUGCAACCACCUGAGAGCCAGGAAUUGCUUGCUAAAGUUCAAAAUGUUAUUGAGAAACCUCAGAAUGAUCAUCUCCCUUUGGUUGAAGCUAGCAGGCUAUGUAACAUGGACAUUCUCUCUCAUGUUCAACAAGUCAUAUGCUUCGCGUUCCAUGACAGCAAGUUGCUAAUGGAAACAUGCCAAGAGGCGAAGAACUUGCGUAAGAUUGUUACAUUGUUUUACCUCGAUUGAUACAUCGCAUAUAAAAGAUUUACAAGAGAAUUUAUGAAAAUGAAACACCGAAACGGAAAUCUCAUUUGUAAAAUAGGUUCGGUGGCUUCUUUGCCUGUUUUUUGCGUUGUUCACUUUUGUCUAUGUCACUUGGGGGGAUUUAAGCUAUAGGGGAAGAGUGCUGUGAUGGAGGGCCUGUAAGAAAGUUAUCUUCCCAUUCAAUUUUUUUGCGAUAUUUUCCCAUUCUUAACAUGAAAUUUAUUGAUACAAUAAAGUAAAGCUCCUUUUUGUCACUUGUUUAAGGAGCAAAUCUUUGAAUGGAGACCUUGAAUUUUGAGAA